GUCUCGGAGUAAAUAACCGGCGCAUCGCAAUCGGGGUGUCCGAAUCAUGAAGCGCACGAUAUACACGAAUACAGUCACGCUCCGAAAUCAUAUCCUCAAAGUUCACCCAGCCAAUAGACCUAAGCACGGGAGACACGUGCUCGGCUCGUCGUGCGCCAGUGACCACACGGGCUGCGAAAUGCAGCAGUUUUUGUAUGCGCUUCAACUGGCUGCUGCAUGCACUAGCCCAAACUGGCAAACAGUACAAGAUAUGGCUGAAUACGUGGGCUUGGAUGAUGGCCAGGAGCGCUUCAGUAGUGAAGUGACGUCUAAACCGAUACAGCGAGACGAGACUACCCGUACACCGGCGAACUACCAGCGACACGUGGCUCUCCCAUGUGAGGGAUUGGUCAAUGAUGACACCUAAUACUUUGAUGUUUUUUGAUGGGGUAAAUUUGUGACCAGACAUUUCGAAGAAAAAGGAGGAACUUUCCUUGACGGCUUGCCGUGUGCCUAAAAGUGAAAAUACCGUUUUUGAGGGGUUCAUUUUUAGGGAAUUUACUCUCAGCCACAUUUCUAUGGACUUGAGGGAUUCCUCGAGGCGAAUCUUGAGCAAACUCAUGCUGACUUUGUCCCUUGAAGAACUGUCGAGCAGUUGGGUGUCAUCAGCGUAACUGAUGAGCCGUCCAUGGGGAAGAAAAUUUCGCAUUUCGUUAACCGUGAGACAAAAAAGAAUCGGCCCGAUAAUCGAUCCCUGGGGGACGCCACACGUCACUGGCAGCACAGUGGUGCCGCCGCGAACCAUCUGUCUUCGAUCGCUCAGGUAGCUGGCAAACCAAUCAGACGAGAUGCCGUACCAUCCCAUCUUACUGAGAAGGACGCCGUGGUCGACGCUGUCAAAUGCCUUACUGAGAUCGAGGGAUGUUAUCGAUGCUAGGUGACCUGAGUCGAUCUUCUUCGAGAUCCACUCGACAGCGUCGACCAGGGCGUCCUCUACGCUGUGUCUGCGUCGACUCUAAGACAGCAAAUCAUGAGCAGUUCAGCUCAGCUGCAGAGGCUUGCUGAUAGCGCAGGGUCUUUGCUCAACUGUGCAGGCCUUGUGCUAGAACAUGCCACUGGAGAGCAACAGCAAAAGCUGCUGCUUACCAUCCGCGAACAUAUGCUCGAGUACGCUCGCAUGCACGUGGAGGUGCAACAAUCGACCGAGGUGCUGCAGCAGGUUAAGGACGAGGCCGUUGUGUCGAUCACCAACGGUACAGACACGGACCUCACCCAGAUGCUGGACGAGACCCAGCGCCGAACGGCUCAGCGCAUGGCCAACGUGUCCGAGCGGGAACUGACCACCUAUCCGCGCUACCAGCAGCUGCUGCAGCGCGAGGAGGCGGCCGGCAGCGCGGCGGCCGCCGCCGCCGGCGACCAGGAGCUGGUCAUGACCGAGACGCACAUGGUGACGCGCGACCCGUGGUCCCAGCAGGAGAUCCGCCAGCCGUAUCGGAACGCGCGCUGCGGCCACCUGUACGACCGCAGCUCGCUGGAGGCCGUCCUCCAGAAGCGCUCCCGACGGCCCACCUGUCCGCACGUGGGCUGCACCAACAAGAUGCCGCUCCGCUGGGAGGAUCUCACCGAGGACACCUUCGCCAAACAGGCCAUCGAGAAAAAGAAGACACAGGCUUAAAUGGUUUCGUGGUUAGAGCCUGUUCGUUACCAUCCCAUCAUUCCAGUAUUGCAGUGUCAUUGCCAUUUGUAAUAAACGUUCGUCCAUC